AUGUCAGGAACCAACAAAGAGACACAGGCUAUAUAUUUUGGAGUUGCAGCAAUUGCAGCUGCUGGACUUUUGUAUUUUGCAUACUCCCAAUCAACAGAGCCAUCCACUGAGACGAAGAUUCUUCUCUCGGGGGACGAUGAUAUUGUUUCAAAGCGUUCACAAGAAACCAGCAAGACGUCCAACAUCAAGACGCCAGCUGAAAGUGCAACUGGAGAGUCCAAUAUGGAUGACAAAGCCCUCCAUGCGGCCAUAGAAGAGCUAGACAAAAAAGGGAAAGCAUACUUCAAAAACAAGCAAUUUUUGCAAGCAGCAAAAGCAUUUACCGAAGCUCUUGACCUAAUUGAGACUCAGGCUGAUCGGAGUAACACAACACAGACGUCAUCUUUGAACAGGCAGAUUAUCACACUCUUCAACAACCGCUCUGCUAUGUAUGAAAAGGGCAGUGUACCAGAACUUGCUUUGGAAGAUUGUAGUAAAAUUUUGGAGGUGUACGAUAUGACGCACACGAAGGCAAGAACACGCAAACUUCGAUUGUUGGAGAGCUCCAAUAUGUUUUAUCCAGCACUUGUCGAAGUCUGCGCCUUGCAACUGCUGUUCAUGCAAAAGCACAGAGAUACCCUUCGCAUGGGGCUUCCGCCUUCCACGCAACCACCUGUACCGCAAUCGAAAUUGGAGGAGCUGAUUACCAAAAUACUGCCGGGACAAAUGGAUUCAUAUGCCAAAAUCGCGGAAGAAAAGAAGAAAGAAAUGCUUCCAUCCGAUUACACCCUUCUUCAAUUGCUCAAGUCUUACACUGGAUACAACUCUUGGAUGGCUCAAGCUGCAAAGGAUGGAUCAGUGCAACAGUUGGUGAAGGAGUUAGAGAGCCUUCCACAAAGUGAAGAAGCAACUGCAAUCGCAGAUCGGGCUAGCAAAUUGAUGAAAAUUGGUCGGCGUCAUGUAUACGACGGAAAAUACAGCAAUGCACGAGAAACUCUCCUUGCAGCAUACAUGCUUGUUGAGGGCAAAAUUGAAGUACAGAAUGUGAUGAGCAGUGACGACUACGCACGUCUUCUGGAGUGGACAGGUAUGGUUAUGCACUGGACCUAUGAGUUGGAGGGGGCUUCGAAAUGUUAUCAAGAAUGUUCUGAUCUGGAACCCUUGAAUUCUGAAAUCGUGGUAAAGCAAGCUGGCGUUGCAAUGGAUGGGGGAAACCAAGACGAGGCUUUGAAACUUUUUGAAAAGGCACUGUCAAUUGAUUCGGAAGCAGCUGAUGCACUUUUGCAUCGCGCCAAUCUUCGAAUGCUUCAGGCGAAUCUUGUGGAAGCCGAAAAGGACCUAGAACGAUGCUUGGAAAUUCGUCCAAACCAUGUUCUUGCGCAUUUGCGACUGGCGGCAGUCUUGACAUCCAAGAACGACCCUGCUGGUGCCAAGAGACAUUUGAAAAAGGCAGAAACCAUCGAUCCCAAAUCUUCUGAAGUCCAAUCCUACCGUGGAGAAUUGCUGUUUACGCAGAAUGAAUUUGCCGAAGCCAAAGAACAAUUCGAAAAGGCUAUGAAACUGGAACCGAAGAAUCCAACCCCGUAUGUGAACGCCGCGCUUGCUGAAUUGAACACCCCGCCCCAACCUGGUAUGCAAAUGGAAAUGGCACAGGAAGCCUGCAGGUUGUUGGAGAAAGCCAUUGAGGCAGACCCACAAUUCCAAGCUGCCUACGUGCAACUCGGCCAAUUGAAGUUGGGAAUGGCCACCGACUUGGAUUCGGCCCGGGCAGUUAUUAAGCUUUACGACCAAGGUUUAACAUACUGUCGGACAAAGGACGAAAUGAAAGACCUGUGCAGCAUGAAAUUGUUGACUCAGGCACAAGUGGAUGCGGCAACAAUGUUGAAGAUGGAAACGUUCUCCAUGCAGUAG